AUGCUUUCCUACGUUCUUUGGUCAGGAAACGUUUCUAAUUUCCUACCGGAAAGAAUGAUUUCCUACGGUCCGGCUGGGCUCAGACACGACCUAGCUUCAACUGCUCCGUCGAAGGCACAGCCGAAGACAAGGUCAUGGUGUGCUGCGGCAUUGUAUGGAACCUGUUGUAGCGAUGAUGUAACUGGACGCCCGUACGCGAAGGUCCACCUUGACCUGUCCUCCGCGACCUAUCUCUUUAAUUUCCUACCGGAAAGAAUGAUUUCCUACGGUCCGGCUGGGCUCAGACACGACCUAGCUUCAACUGCUCCGUCGAAGGCACAGCCGAAGACAAGGUCAUGGUGUGCUGCGGCAUUGUAUGGAACCUGUUGUAGCGAUGAUGUAACUGGACGCCCGUACGCGAAGGUCCACCUUGACCUGUCCUCCGCGACCUAUCUCUUGUAG